AACCAAUCUUGACUUUCAAACAAUCCUCUAUUUUUCUUGACUAUCGUCCGUCUUCUUGAACGCCUUGGAAGGUGGAGAGAAAAAGAAGGGAAAAAGACAAUAAUUUCUAUUAAGUUCUGUCAAAAUGGCUGCAGUCCAACCUGCUGCCAACCCAGUCAGCCUGGCGUCCAAAGCCAAGUCCAAAAAGCGAGCCCGCGAAGACGAUGGUAGCUCACGAAAACGGAAGAAAUCAGCCUAUGAGCAAGAGGACCUCGAUCUCGACUUAGAGGCUGGCCUGAACAAGAAAAUUGGGUUUCUCGACAGCAUGCUGUUAGCAGACCAUUUAGCUCAGAAAACGAGGAGAUUUGGGACCGAUUUGAAGCCAGUCGAACUGUCUGCUCUAGACAUCUCACCAAAUGCGAUUAAGGAUUCCAGCUCAUUUUCAAAGCCCCGGAAUCUCGAGAGUUUGCCUGCGUAUUUAGAGGCGCAUGCUAAGAAUCCGAAGAAGCUUGGGGAUGCGCCAAAGGAGAACGGCUCUCCUCACACUAUCAUUGUGACCGGCGCUGGGUUGAGAGCUGCAGAACUUGUCAGAGCAGUCAGAAAAUAUCAAUCGAAGAAUAUCACAGUAGGAAAGCUGUUCGCAAAGCACAUAAAGAUCGAAGACACCAAGAAAUUCCUUGAAAGUCAUCGGACAGGUGUAGCAGUGGGGACACCGGUGAGGUUGAACGACCUUGUGGAGAGUGGAGUGUUAAAACUAGACAAGCUAGAGCAACUUGUCGUUGAUGCUUCGCACAUUGAUCAGAAGAAGAGAGGUAUCAUGGACAUGAAAGAGACCAUGAUUCCCCUAGCCCGCUGGUUGUGUAGGACCGAGUUUAAGGAGAGGUACACAGACUCGGAACGACCGUUACAACUCCUGUUUUACUAGAUAGAGUCUAGAGCCAGUCAGCAUGUCUCACCUGACUUGGGUUCGAUUACGUGUUACAUGAUACCCAGAAUAGUACU